UACAAUAACAGCAGAUAUUUUUGUUUUAUUUUAUUUUAUUUUAUCUUCUUCUCUGCCGUUGAGUGUUGACGGUUGUUUGUUUCUGUUUAUUUUCCUCCCACUCUCAUGCUCAUCUUCAAAAUCUAACACCUACCCACUUCGAUUCACCUCCAAUUCUGUCAAACCCCUCAACAAAUUUUCCAUGUUUUCUUAACAUUAUUUUCCCUCGCUUUCCCGGGAAUAUUUGGUAGAUUUAAUUUUCCUUCAAUUCUGGUUGUCAUCUUCAAAAUCUAACAGCUGCCCACUUGAAUUCACCUACAAUUAUUUCAAACCCUCAACAAAAAUUUCAAUUUUUUGAAACCUGAAUUUCCGUCUCUUUCCCGGGUAAAUUUGUUAAAGUUUAAUCCAAUGGCUGCUUUAGCAGCAAUCAGAUCCAAAUCCUCCAAGGCAACGGCUUGUUUGACGGUGUCUCAGUACAGGUACUUGAUUUUCAAUUACAUGCACGCUGGCCGCGUGGCCGUGGCCAGUUCUUACUGUACGAACCGUACGAAAUACGACGAUCACUUCAACAACAUGCCUUAUCACUUCACUUCAUUCAAACCCGUGUCUCUUCGUGGUGAAUUGAUUGAGAAGGGCUCUAAUUUGAACGCGGUUAAAGGGUUUGAUAGAAAUAGUAGUAGCAGUAGUACUAUGAUGAACUCGUAUGGGGAGCCACCAGAGGUGUGGCAGCCUCCCGGAGAUGGAAUUACGGUUCGGGGCAGUGGCCUGGGUCAGAAUUUGGCCCGUGGAGGCGGAGGCGGGUCUGGUUCGAAGGAUGGGUGCUGGGGGGGAUCCAAUUUGGGGCACAAGUUUCCAACUCCUAAGGAAAUCUGUCAGGGGCUUGAUAAGUUUGUGAUUGGGCAGGAGAGGGCAAAAAAGGUGCUCUCUGUGGCGGUUUACAAUCACUAUAUGAGAAUUUAUAAUGAGUCUUUGCAAAAACGGCCAGCCGGAGAUUCUAGUAGCUACGUAGUAGAGACAGCAGAUGACGAUAAUGUGGAACUGGAGAAAAGUAACAUUCUGGUAAUGGGGCCAACAGGCUCAGGGAAGACUUUACUUGCCAAAACCUUGGCACGGUUUGUGAAUGUUCCCUUUGUUAUUGCAGAUGCAACUACUUUGACACAGGCAGGAUAUGUUGGGGAAGAUGUGGAGUCCAUAUUAUACAAGCUCCUCACGGUUGCUGAUUAUAAUGUUGCAGCUGCUCAGCAGGGCAUUGUUUAUAUUGAUGAAGUUGACAAGAUCACCAAAAAGGCUGAGAGCCUUAAUAUCAGUAGAGAUGUGUCUGGAGAGGGUGUUCAACAAGCUUUACUAAAAAUGCUGGAAGGAACAGUUGUCAAUGUUCCUGAGAAAGGAGCUCGAAAGCAUCCUAGAGGUGACAACAUUCAGAUUGACACAAAGGAUAUACUUUUCAUAUGUGGGGGCGCCUUUAUUGACAUAGAGAAAACAAUAUCAGAAAGGCGUCAAGAUUCAUCUAUCGGAUUUGGUGCCCCAGUACGGGCUAACAUGAGGGCUAGCGGUGUUACAGAUGCUGCUGUAGCUUCAACUUUGAUGGAGACUGUAGAAAGUAGUGAUCUCAUUGCAUAUGGUCUGAUACCAGAAUUUGUUGGACGAUUUCCUGUUCUUGUUAGCUUGUUGGCGCUAACAGAAAAUCAACUUGUUCAGGUCCUGACAGAGCCAAAGAAUGCCCUCGGGAAGCAAUACAAAAAGAUGUUCCAAAUGAACGGUGUCAAGCUGCAUUUCACAGAAAGUGCAUUGAGAUUAAUUGCUAAAAAGGCAAUAAGCAAGAAUACGGGAGCUCGGGGGUUAAGAUCACUAUUAGAAAGCAUAUUGAUGGAUGCCAUGUAUGAGAUUCCUGAUGUUAGGAGAGGAGACGAUGUAAUAGAUGCUGUCGUAGUCGACGAAGAGGCUGUAGGAUCAGAGGAACGCGGUUGUGGAGCUAAGAUUCUUUACGGUAAGGGCGCAUUGGAUCGUUAUCUUUCUCAAAACAAAAGGAAGGACUUAGAGAAAAGUGUGGAGGGUACAACAGAUGGAGAGGGCGAAGUGGAUAGUGAGAUUCCAUCAAUUGUUGCCAGCAUGUGAUAAUGUUAUGUUUUUAUAGAUGUUUUAGCUGUAACUCAAUCUCUCUGUGUACAUAAUAAAUUUAGUAAAUUAAUUUGUGCAAUUAUAUUUAUAUAUACAAAUCUACAAUUCAUCGAAAUUCUGUAUUCAUCAUAUUACCCUCCUUGGUGGCCAAAAUUGAAUUAUAGUUAUGUUAUUAUUUA